AUGAAAAUUAUACAUAUAGGAAUACUUCAUGCGGUUUACAUAAUUUACACACAUCGUGAUGAACAAACUCGUGAUGAACAAACUCGUAAUGAAAAAACUAGCUCCGAAAAUCAAGAACACAAUACUCCGGAUAAUACUCAAAAUUCAAAAACGGAACUUCCACCAUCAUCGACAUCUCCUGAAUCUUCUCCCGAAAAAAUGCAAGAGAAUAUAUCAAAAUCUGAGUUACCAUCAUCAACAUCUCCUGAAACUCCUGCCGAAAAAACGCAAGAGAAUAUAUUCAAAUCUGAGUUACCAUUACCACAUUAUGGAACUCAUACUAUGGAAGAUACGGAUCCAAACCGAUAUAAAAAAGAUCCAAAUGAAUCGAGUGGAGUGACGGAUGUAGUUGGUAGUGAUAAUGUUUUGGUACCUUAUUCUUAUAAAUUUAAUAUUUAUGAUGAUGAUGAUGAAUCAUUCGUACCUUUGAUUUCUUCAAAAAAUGCUAAUGUGGUUCCUGACCAAUAUAUUGUAAUUUUCAAAAAAAAUAUCGACCAAGAUGAAAUUAACUCUCAUUAUAACCAAAUACGUCAAUUAAUUGCUCAAACCGAUGAUGGAAUUAUCAACAUAAAUGAAAUUCGUCAUACCUAUGAUUUUAAUGAUUUUAAAGGUUAUUCCGGAAGGUUUUCCGCAAAGUUAUUGAAUAAUAUUAGACAAAGUAGUGAAGUAGAUUAUGUGGAGAAAGAUCAAAUAGUUCAAUUAAAUUAUAAAAAGAAUAAGAGAAAAAGAUAUAAAAUUCAAUAUGAUCCUCCAUGGGGUUUAGCCAGAAUUUCUGCUAGGGUUGAUGACUGGCCAUCUGACACUGGACGGUAUUGGUAUCAUGAAAGUGGUGGUAAUGGUGUGACGGUGUAUAUCAUAGAUACUGGUAUAAACAUACAUCAUGAUGAUUUUGAAGGAAGGGCUAUUUGGGGUAUUGAUUAUUCUAAUGAUAAUUAUGAUAAUAAUGAUGGUAAUGGCCACGUUGCGGGUAAAACUUAUGGAGUCGCCAAGAAAGCGACAAUGGUUGCCGUUAAAGUUUUGAACUCUUAUGGUUAUGGCUAUAUUUCAGACAUCCUCAAAGGUAUUGAAUGGUCAGUCAUUCAACAUAAAUCGAAACAAAUGAGCAAUGAUCAUAAGGGAUCUGUAAUUAAUAUGAGUUUAGGUGGUGAUAAAAGUAUCGCCACAAAUGAUGCUGUCAAUGCGGGUGUGGAUAUUUUAUCAUCUUGGAUAGGUUCAGAAAAUAAUGUGGUUGCAACUUUAUCAGGAACUUCAAUGUCUUCUCCUCAUAUAAGUGGUUUAUGUGCUUUAUUUAUUUCAAUGGGUAUUGCAAAACAUCCAAAAGAUGUUAAAAAUAAAAUUAUUGAACAUUCUACACGAGGUGCAUUAAAAGGAAUACCAAAUCUUCAUACUCCAAACAGGUUGGCUUAUAAUGCUUGGUGGUGGAAUGACAUUUUUGAUUUAAAGUUGUCAAAGUUUGAUGAUUAA